AUUGCUGCGCGAGAUCUACAUUUUCCGCCAUGGUUUUGUGUGGAGCUCGCCGCGCUGCCCUUCGCCUAUCAGUGUUCCUUCUCUCCGCCAUCUUCUUGUUCCUCGCCGCGGCUGCUGACGACGCUGCCCACGACGACGAGUCGACCCCCAAAUCUGCAACUUGCAGCAACAGAUUCCAGUUGCAUAUUUAAAAUCAUUUCUCAGGUGAAGGUAAGGAACUGGGUAAAUGGUGUUGAAAGUGCAAAUUUAGUCGGGCUUAGCGCGAGAUUCGGGGCCUCUUUGCCAAGGCAUGCUUCUGAAGCUCAACAAUGGCCCUCUGCUCUUGCUAAUCCCUUCAACUGCUGUACCAAUUUGACAUCAAAGUUAUCAAAUUCCAUUGCUUUGGCCAAACGUGGAGAUUGCACCUUCACUGCGAAGGCAAUUGUUGCACAGGCAGGUGGUGCAACAGGCUUACUGGUGAUUAAUAAUGAUGAAGAUCUUUACAAGAUGGUAUGCAGUGAAAAUGAUACUUCCAUUGCUGUCACUAUUCCUGUCGUGAUGAUACCAAAGUCCGCUGGGGAUAAGUUAACAGAUUCCUUGGAUAAGGGGGGGAGAGUGGAAGUCCUCUUAUAUUCUCCUGAACGUCCUGUUGUGGAUUUAUCCGCAACCUUUCUAUGGUUGAUGGCUGUUGGAACAAUUAUCUGUGCUUCCCUAUGGGCUGAAUUUAUUGUGUGUGAGCCAGUAGACGAACGUUAUAAUCAGUUGGAAUGGAAGGGCAUGAUUCCCUCUCAACACAAAGCUUCUCAAGUGUUUUGCUCUCACGGAAGUGAGCAAAUCAAAGUUAUGACUCACAAGGAGUCGUUAUUUUUCACUCCCGUACGUGAAAAUUCAUUCAAAACCGCGAAUCGACCUCGCCUAGAAGCAUACGCAUGCAUGCGGGCCGUGUGCGGUCUGUCUGAACCUACUGUUUGUGGGACCUUUUGUCCGCUGAAGGAAAUAGGCCGGUUGAACCGGCCAGGUUCGAUUCUCACAUUUACUUUGCAUGGCUACUUAUGCGCAUGUUUUGCCAGGAUGAUCAUGGAUCAGACUGGUGCUGGAAUGAUCAACAGUGAAAACGAGAAAGAAAUUCUGGAGAUUAAUGCUAAGGGAGCUAUCAUUUUUGUGAUUGCUGCAUCAGCUUUUCUGUUGCUGUUGUUCUUUUUCAUGUCCUCCUGGUUUGUUUGGCUGUUGAUAGUAUUAUUCUGCAUUGGUGGUGUGGAGGGAAUGCAUGUUUGUUUAGUAGCACUUUUUUCAAGGAUAUGCAAAGUUUGUGGCCGAAAGACAACAAGCCUUCCCAUUUUAGGGGAAGUCCUUAUUCUCUCGAUUGUUAUUUUACCAUUAUGUAUAGCCUUCGCUGUUUAUUGGGCUGCUAAUCGGCAUGCGUCAUAUGCUUGGAUUGGUCAAGAUAUUCUUGGCAUUUGCUUAAUGAUCACUGUAUUGCAAAUGGCUCGCCUACCGAAUAUUAAGGUUGCGUCAGCACUCCUUAGCUGUGCUUUUGUGUAUGAUGUAUUCUGGGUGUUCAUAUCUCCUCUUAUAUUUCAUGAAAGUGUUAUGAUUGCAGUUGCUCGUGGUGACAGUAGUGGAGAGACUAUUCCGAUGCUUUUGAGAAUUCCUCGCUUUUUUGAUCCUUGGGGUGGCUAUGAUAUGAUUGGCUUUGGGGACAUACUUUUUCCUGGUUUGCUAGUUGCAUUCAGUUACAGGUAUGACAGAGCAAACAGGAAGGGAAUCGCUAAUGGUUACUUUCUUUGGCUAACACUUGGAUACGCAUUUGGUCUAUUGCUAACCUACAUUGCUUUGUAUCUUAUGGACGGCCAUGGCCAACCUGCUCUGCUCUAUCUUGUUCCUUGUACAUUAGGACUUAUUGUUAUCUUGGGUUGGAUAAGAGGAGAACUGAGUGAUCUGUGGAACUAUGGGAACAGUCAGUCAAGAGAUAGAAUUGUCACAGAUGUCUGAUCUGAGAGAGAGAGAGAGAGAGAGAGAGAGAUCUUAUUAUUCAAGGUUUGCAAUUCUAGUUCAUUCUUUCUCAUCAUUCCAGAUUUAUGAUAUUUCUGUGAUGAUGAUUUGGGGUGCUGUGAAGGCAAAAACCUGAUUAAACCAUCUCCCUCAUCAUGUAUACAAAUUGAACUGAUAUUAAGUAACAAUUUUAUACCUCUGUAAAUGUAAAGUUAAACAUAUUAUCAUCUGUAAUAUUGUAUUGAAUUUAACAUUAAUGAACUAUCCUGUUUCAUUA